CAGUGAAAAAGCGGUGUGUGUCGUGGGGGGAGACACGAGGGUUGCGGCCAGGCUGAAAGGAGAGAGAGAGAGCAGAGAGUGUGAGAGAGAGAGAGAGAGAGCGGGCCAGCGGGACGGGAGGCCGCCUGGUCGCUGUCCGCGGUGCUGAAUGAUCAGCUCGGUGCAGGUCUCCAGCUCCCGCGGCAGCAGCCCAGGAAAGCGACCUCCCUCCGCGACAUGUCUGAUCGAGGAGAUGGCCAAGGGCGACGACAACGAUCGCAUCGUGAUCAACGUGGGAGGGACGAGGCACGAAACCUACCGGAGCACCCUGAAGACGCUGCCCGGCACCCGGCUGGCGUGGCUCACCGAGCCCGGCGCCUUCGCCAACUUCGACUACGACCCGAAGACGGACGAGUUCUUCUUCGACCGCCACCCGGGGGUCUUCGCCCACAUCCUCAACUACUACCGCACGGGCAAGCUGCACUGCCCGGCCGAUGUGUGUGGACCCCUGUACGAGGAGGAGAUCGCCUUCUGGGGCAUCGAUGAGACGGACGUGGAGCCGUGCUGCUGGAUGACCUACCGGCAGCACCGGGACGCCGAGGAGGCGCUCGACAGCUUCGAGGCACCCGACCUCAACAGCGGCGACGCCGAAGGAGGCGGCGACGGGGUCGGCGACUCGGAGGACGAGCUGGACACCAAGCGCCUCGCCCUGGGAGACUGCUCCCCCGAGGCCGGAGCCAAGGCCAGCUGGUGGAGGAAGUGGCAGCGCCGUAUCUGGGCUCUCUUUGAAGACCCUUACUCCUCCAAAUAUGCACGGUACUGCGCUUUUGCUUCGCUUUUCUUCAUUCUGGUGUCAAUCAGCACAUUCUGUCUUGAGACCCAUGAGGCAUUUAAUCCAAUCGUUAACAGAACAGAGAUUGUAAGGAAUGGAAAUGAAACCCGGAUGGAAGUUAUUCAGGAAACUGAAACAGAAGCCUUCUUAAUGUACAUCGAAGGAGUCUGUGUGGUAUGGUUUACCUUUGAAUUUCUCAUGAGGAUCACUUUUUGUCCCAACAAGGUGGAGUUUAUCAAGAAUUCUCUCAAUAUCAUAGACUUUGUGGCUAUUCUUCCCUUCUAUCUGGAGGUAGGACUCAGUGCUUUGUCUUCCAAAGCUGCUAAGGAUGUUCUGGGCUUCUUGCGAGUGGUCCGCUUUGUGCGAAUCCUACGAAUCUUCAAGCUGACCCGCCAUUUUGUGGGACUGAGAGUUUUAGGACAUACGUUGCGUGCAAGCACCAAUGAAUUCCUGCUGCUCAUCAUCUUCUUGGCACUCGGCGUCCUGAUAUUUGCCACCAUGAUCUACUAUGCUGAGAGGAUAGGUGCUAGUCCCCAUGACCUGAGAGCUGAUAAUCACACACACUUCAAAAAUAUUCCGAUUGGAUUCUGGUGGGCCGUGGUAACCAUGACUACACUUGGCUAUGGAGACAUGUAUCCUCAGACAUGGUCGGGCAUGUUGGUAGGAGCCCUCUGUGCUCUUUCGGGCGUGCUGACCAUUGCUAUGCCAGUCCCUGUCAUUGUCAAUAAUUUUGGAAUGUAUUACUCCUUAGCGAUGGCCAAACAAAAAUUACCAAAGAAGAAAAAGAAGCAUAUACCGAGACCGCCCCAGCUGGGAUCCCCCAAUUAUUGUAAAUCUGGUGUAAACUCUCCACAUCACAGUACACAGAGUGAUACAUGCCCACUCGCUCAGGAAGAGAUUUUAGAAAUAAACAGAGCAGAUUUUAAACAGAACGGUGAUGCAGCAAAUGCAGCAUUGGCAAACGAAGAUUGUCCUCAUAUUGACCAGGCACUGACGCCUGAGGAUCACCUCCCCUUCACUCGUUCUAACACCAGGGAGAGGAAUGCCAGAGACGGACCCUGCUUCCUCUUAUCAACCGGGGAAUUUGCAUGUCCACCCGAUGGAGGAAUAAGAAAGGAUUUCUGCAAAGGCAGCCCUGUCAUUGCUAAAUAUAUGCAAGCAGGGGCAGUCAGAGUAACUUAAUGUGCUGGGACAGAAUUGGACGCUCUGUGGGCAAUUAUCUGCCCACUGGGAACAUUUCAAGAGAAGAAGACCAACCUCUUUAAGAGAAGCAAAACUACUCAAAGCCAAACAGAUUUCUAAGGACCACUGUGUGUUACAGAUUUGACCCAGAGUUGUUGGAUGUUUCUAAAACAAAUUGUUUCUGGAAAAAAAACUGUAGAAGAU